AUGAGUGAGCUGGCGAACCUUAUCUUACGCCGGGGCCAGCUAAAAGGCCAAUUAACUCGCACGGCAAAUUAUAUCCGCGAUAAUAAAGGUAGUCCAGAUAUCGAUCAAAUUACGGUAAGAUUGGAAAAGACCACAGAAGCAUGGCAUGAUUUUCAACAAGUUCAGGCGCAAAUUGAAGAAGAAGAAACCGAGAUAACUAAUGAGAGCGAGAAAUACCGUAGCGAGUUCGAGGAGUUGUAUUAUGAUAACGUAGCUAAAUGCAAUAAAAUAAUUAGAGCCGCGUCGCCAGGCGUUAAUUCAAAUCCGUCUAAUCGGACUUCGAACGAAUCCAGCAACGACGAAGCAAAUGGUCAUGCAAGCCUACAGCCCGUACAGUCGGCAAUCAAGUUAGCUGCUAUCGAGAUACCAAGGUUUACAGGAGUGUAUACAGAGUGGGCUGCAUUCUACGAUAUAUAUAUGGCGUUAAUACACGAAAAUAAAUCGAUGAGCGACAUUCAAAAAUUUUUUUAUUUACGAUCGUGUCUCAGUGGAGAUGCGGAAAAGGUUAUACAUUGUCUGCAAACUACGGCGGAAAAUUAUCAAGUAGCAUGGACAAGUUUAAUCAGGAGGUACGACAACAAAAGGGUGUUGAUCCAGGUACGCGUGAAAGCGUUAUUUGAUCUAGAGCCACUGAAAAAAGAGUCGGCAGUACAUUUGCGUACGCUAAUUGACACGGUGUCCGGUCAUUUAAAAGCGCUUGAGUCGUUAGGACAAACUCCGGACAGUUGGGGCGCAUUGUUAUCUCAUUUAAUAACGUCAAAACUGGAUGCAAACACGAGACGAGCAUGGGAAAGCGAAGCGACCAAGAUGGAAGAUUUCAGAGUGCCAAUACUAAUAGACUUUUUAAAAUCACGUUUUCGAAUUUUGGAGGCGAUAGAAUCAAAUAAAAACAUGAAUACGCAGGUACCAACAGACAUUCCAAAGUUCAAGAAAUCAGGGGACAGGUCUUCAUCAUUUACAACUACCACAUCUUUCAGAUGUUAUAAUUGCAAUGGCUCACACUCAAUUUAUAAAUGUACCAAAUUUCUAGCACUCACAAUACUAGAGAGAAUAAAAAGAAUUAAUGACUUAAAAUUAUGUAACAUAUGCUUACGCGCACACUCCGACAAAUGUAAGUCACGUAAUUGUCCGAAAUGCGCGCGUCCACAUAAUGGUUUGUUGCAUUCGUCGCGCACAAACAAUAACAAUAUGCGUACGGGUGGUGCGGGGAACAGCGGCGAAUCGUCCAACACCACUCCACCUGCGGAGAACGAUAGAAAUGAUAUCGCUAAUGAGGCAAUGAUUAAUAGCGCACCCGCAUCGGUAAAUGCUCAUGCACGUCAAAAUAGUGAAGUAGGUCAGGUAUUGUUAUCGACGGCCGAGAUUCUCGUAUUCGACAGUCAAUAUAAACCGGUUUUGUGCCGUGCGUUACUGGAUAGUGGAUCGCAGCACAAUUUUAUGACCGAGUCAUUGACCCGGCGUUUAAAUUUAAACCGAAUAAAGUCAUCGUGUUCAAUAAUCGGCAUUAAUGAUGCAUCGCAUACGUCAACGUACAAAGUAACAACUAUUAUUAAAUCGCGUAUAUACGACUAUUCAUUAAAUUUGGAAUUUUUCGCACUUCCCAAUUUAACGAGCAAGUUACCGUUGAUGCCGGUCAAUCUGACAGAACUGAAGGUCCCGGUGGAUAUAAGCUUGGCGGAUCCAUCUUUCCACGUGCCUAAAAAGGUAGAUAUCAUUUUAGGCGCCGAAAUAUAUUUUGAAUUACUAACUAAAGAACAAAUUCAGACAGUUUCACGGGGGCCAAUUUUCCAGGGCACUCGUUUAGGUUGGGUUAUCGCGGGACCCAUCCCUUCGCCAACAAAUCAAACCGAAAAUUCAACAUUUUCAUUAUGUACGAGCGUAAUGUCCGAAUUCGCAAGUAUAGAAAAUCAAAUUGCCGAAUUUUGGCGCUUAGAGGAGGUAAAGAAUUGCAACGUAUACACACUAGAGGAAAAAAGGUGUACACAACAUUUCGAGUCAAAUGUAAAGCGUGGUGAAGACGGGCGUUUUACAGUAGGUCUACCUUUUCGUGACAAUGCUCCUAGAUUAGGAAAAUCGUAUGACGUAGCCCUUCGCAGAAUUUUAUCAUUAGAACGACGAUUUCAAACCGAUACCAAGCUCAAGGAAGAAUAUACCAAAUUUAUGAAAGAGUACUCCGAACUUGGACACAUGGAAAUUACGAAAAACACGAUUCCAGAUGAUAAAAGUUAUUAUUUACCGCACCAUGCAGUUCGCAACGAAAGCAGUACUAGUACCAAGCUGCGCGUGGUUUUCGAUGCGUCGGCGAGAACAAGUACUAACGUAAGUCUAAAUGAUGUGCUUCUAAAGGGACCCACCGUACAAGAGGAUUUGGUCUCUAUAAUGACGCGAUUUCGUAUACACAAAUACGUAUUCACAGCUGAUAUAAAAAAAAUGUACCGGCAGAUUUGGGUGUCGGAAAGCCAACGUGAUUUCCAGCGCAUUUUGUGGCGUGAAGACCCAAGCCAGCCACUAAAUAUAUAUCGACUAAAAACUGUUACGUAUGGCAUAGUCACCGCUUCAUACCUGGCAACGGCCUGUUUACAAAAAUUAUCCGAACAAGAGUCGUCAAAAUUUCCCGAAGCCUGUCAGGCCCUAAGUCGUGAUUUCUAUGUAGACGAUUUUCUCGGCGGAGCUAUGUCAAAACAGUCUGCAUUAAGAUUACGCGAUGACCUAAUAACGAUUUUGAGGGGCGCUGGUCUAGAGCUGUGUAAAUGGUCGAGCAACGAUCCCGACUUGUUACUUGGUGUUGAAGCAGUACCAAGUGCCAACAAUGACUUAGAUUUGCAGUAUACGGAAAAUGUUACAAAAAUUUUGGGACUUUAUUGGAAUAAAGACAUUGAUGCAUAUCAAUACAAAGUGUUAAUGUACAAUAACAAAACGCGACCAACAAAACGCGCGAUAUUGUCCGAGAUUGCCGCAAUUUUCGAUCCGCUUGGUUUAAUAAGCCCUGUAAUAAUUUGUUUUAAAAUCAUAAUGCAAAAAAUAUGGCAAACGCGGGUAGAUUGGGAUGCAACGUUACCAACAGAAAUUGAAGGCGAGUGGCGCAAGUGCCGUGCAAAUUUAAUACAUUUAAACACGUUAAAAAUUACGCGUUCGCUCGUGGGUGAUGGUGACAUUGCGGAUAUACAAUUACAUGGGUUCGCGGACGCAUCACUUACAGCAUAUGGCGCUUGUCUAUAUCUCCGCGUAAAAAACUAUAAUGGUGAGGUCAUAACUAAUUUAAUUUGUUCGAAAUCGCGUGUCGCACCAUUAAAAACAAUUUCAUUGCCACGUCUAGAGCUAUUAGCCGCCGUCCUACUAGUGCGGCUGGCGGCCAAGUACGCGACGAGUUUAUCUAUACCAAUUGAGCACAAAUAUUUUUGGUCUGACUCUACCGUCGUUUUAUCUUGGAUAUCGUCAGAAUCGGCAAGAUGGAAAACAUUUGUUGCACACCGCAUUGGCGAAAUACAUGAAACUACGUCGAUUUCGCAGUGGCACCACGUCAGCACCAAGGAUAACCCGGCAGAUAUAGUUUCGCGCGGCUGUUGUCCUACAAAAAUCGGUGAAUCAAAUUUGUGGUGGAGGGGACCUAUGUGGUUGCACAAAGAUGUUUCUGAUUGGCCGAAAGAAAAUAAUAUCUAUAGUAGAGCGGACGAAGUUUUAUUAGAAGCGCGAACGGUAUCUCACGUAAUUACAGACAGGUAUGAUUUGUCGAUCAUAGAAAGAUACUCAUCUCUAACGAAACUAAUACGCGUUACUGCAUUUUGCCUACGAUUUAUUAAUAAUGCGUCGAAGAAAGAAAAUUUAAUUGGUGCGCUUCAGGCAGAUGAAAUCGACAAGGCUGCGAAUAGUAUUAUAAGGUUAGUGCAAGCUAGUAAUUUUGCAGGUGAGAUCAAGGACUUACGUAAAUCAGGCCAAGUAAGCUCAAAAAGUGCAUUGUUACGCCUGCAUCCGUUUUUAGAUAAAAAUGAUUUGAUCAGGGUGGGCGGUCGCCUAGGAAAUGCACUUACUCUAAAUGAAUCGCAGCAACAUCCGAUAAUUUUGCCUGCGAAAAAUGUUUUAACCAAAUUAAUAUUUAUACACGAACAUGAUAGAUUAAUGCAUGGCGGCCCACAGGCUAUAUUAUCCGCGGUUCGUCAAAAAUACUGGCCACUUAACGGACGCAGUAUUGCGCGUAGCGUUGUACAUCGCUGCAUAAAAUGUUUUAAAUAUAGACCUGCUGUCGUACAGCCUAUCAUGGGUGAUCUUCCCGAGGCUCGUGUACGGCCUACACGGGCAUUCAAAAAGACAGGUGUAGAUUUUGCGGGUCCAUUUAUGAUCAAGUCCAGUUUAAGGCGGAACGCUCCAUUGAAUAAGGCAUAUGCUUGCUUAUUUGUUUGUUUUAUUACUAAGGCGGUGCACGUAGAAUUAGUAGGCGACCUGACCACUCAAGCGUUUCUUAAUGCGUUGCAGCGGUUCUGUGAUAGACGCGGACUGUGCACGGACAUUUAUUCCGAUAAUGCAACGAAUUUCGUGGGCGCCAACCGUCAACUCCAAGAAUUACAAGCACUUUUUCAAUCUACUGAACAUCAGGAGCGUAUUCAAGACACAUUAUCCAAAUCAAGUAUUCAGUGGCAUUUUAUACCACCGAGGUCACCACAUUUCGGCGGCCUUUGGGAAGCGGCUGUGAAGUCGCUGAAAGCUCAUUUAUAUCGUACACUAGGCAAUGCCUCACUCACCUUUGAAGAGUUGAACACUAUAUUAAUACGUGUAGAGGCAAUUUUAAAUUCGCGACCUCUAACUCCUUUGUCCUCACAUCCCUCUGAUUUAUCCGUUCUCACCCCCGGCCACUUUCUUAUUGGUGACGCAUUAACUUCGCUACCCGAUCGUGAUGAGAGAGAUGUCCCGACCAAUCGGUUGUCGAGAUGGCGACGAGUUGUGCAGUUCACGCAACAGUUAUGGGCCCGUUGGACGAGGGAUUAUCUAACGCAACUCCAGGAAAGGACAAAAUGGAUGAGCUCCGGCGGCCCUAAACUCGGAGUUGGUACGGUCGUGCUCCUGCGCGACGACAAUAUGCCUCCGCUCCAAUGGUCCAUGGGCAGGGUAGUCGAGGUCAUUCAAGGUUCCAAUGGGCAAGUACGGGCGGCCAAGGUGCGAACUUGCAAGGGCGAAUUUUCCCGGGCAGUUCGUUAUUUAUGUCCCCUUCCCUUCGAGGGCAAUUCACCACUCGAUCAACAGUAA